UCUCAAUCUGAUCAUUCUUCUCACCACAAUCAAUUUGCUAUCUUUGCCACCCCAUUGCAUCCUUUCUCUUCUCCAUCUUCUCUUUCAACCACCUGAAAUGGCCACUGCUGAGGUUGAAUCAGUUCCGGCAACAGUGACAGAGGAUGUUGUAGCUGAGGUGAACACAACCACUGAGGCUCCAAAGGCAGAAGAGGUGGCUCCACCUGCAGCUGCUGCUGAUGAACAACCUGCAGAGACAAAGGAAGAAGGAGCAUCAGAAACUACAGCACAAGAAGUGGCAGCUCCGGUAGCUGAAGAGGCUGAGACCAAGGAAGUGGCGGCGGAAUCUGGAGCUCCGGCAGCAGAGCCUGCAGCUUCUGAAGAAGCUAAGGCAGAAGAGGGUGUUGCAGAGGAAGUACCUAAAGAAGAAACUCCUGCUGAGGUUGCUGAGACCACGGCGGAGGAAACUGCAGCGGCGGUGGCUCCUCCUGCUGCUGAGACUGUGGUGGAAUCUGCUGCUGACUCUGAAGUUCCAGUGGAAAAGGCUGAGUAGAUUCAGAGUUAAGGUACAGUGGUGAAUGAAAGUGGAAAAAAGUGGGAUGCUUCAUGGGGAGUGGGGACUUUUAGACUUUGAAUGCCUUUAUUUUUCUUUUUAUUACUGCUAUCCUCCUCUUAUCAUUAUUGAGGAUUAUGAUGAGGGGGAAUGUUUUGUAAUGUCAGUUUGCUAUAUGUUUUGAUGAGAUCAUGAUAUCAAUAUGCAGCUCUAAAUAAUAUCACUAAUAAAUUUCCUUGUGGAAAUA